ACUCUCAGUGUCCAACAUGGCAGUCGGUAAGAAUAAGAGGCUGACCAAAGGAGGCAAGAAAGGUGCCAAGAAGAAGAUCGUGGACCCUUUCUCCAAGAAGGACUGGUAUGAUGUCAAGGCACCAGCCAUGUUCAAUAUCCGCAACCUGGGCAAGACCUUGGUCACUAGGACGCAGGGAACCAAAAUUGCCUCCGACGGCCUGAAGGGCCGCGUGUUCGAGGUGAGCCUUGCCGACCUGCAGAACGAUGAGGUGGCCUUCCGCAAGUUCAAGCUGAUCACCGAGGAUGUCCAGGGCAAGAACUGCCUGACCAACUUCCACGGCAUGGAUCUGACCCGCGACAAGAUGUGCUCCAUGGUCAAGAAGUGGCAGACCAUGAUUGAAGCCCACGUUGAUGUGAAGACCACCGAUGGCUACCUGCUCCGUCUGUUCUGCGUGGGUUUCACCAAGAAGCGCACCAACCAGAUCAGGAAGACCUCGUACGCCCAGCACCAGCAGGUCCGUCAGAUCCGCAAGAAGAUGAUGGAGAUCAUGACCCGCGAGGUGCAGACCAACGACCUGAAGGAAGUCGUCAACAAACUGAUCCCUGACAGCGUGGGCAAGGACAUUGAGAAGGCCUGUCAGUCCAUCUACCCCCUGCAUGAUGUUUUUGUGAGGAAGGUGAAGAUGUUGAAGAAGCCCAAGUUUGAGUUGGGCAAACUGAUGGAGCUCCACGGCGAGGGUGGCGGCAGCAGCAGCAGCGCGGCCAAGCCUACCGGGGACGACGCCGGUGCCAAGGUGGAGAGGGCCGACGGCUACGAGCCCCCCAUCCAGGAGACCGUCUGAGACUUUCAUACCGGAAUGUUCAAUAAAAGCACCCAACCACCUGAA